GGACUAGCGCAAGAUUACUAAGGAGAAACGCGAGUCUACGUAAGAGUGGCGCAGGUCUCCGCAAGAGUGGCUCAGGGCUACGUAACAGUGGCGCAGGCCUAUGUAAGAGUGGCGCAGACCUACGUAGGAGUGAUGAAAAGCCAGACUGGAAGUUCGAUUUUGAAUUGGCUCUUUGAAAAGCAUCGAACGUAUACGGAUAGUCAGAAGAUAUGGAAUAGCUACAUUUCGGG